AUGGCAUACUGUUCUUCUUCUCAUGCUUCUCCGUCUUUUACUUCUUGUUUUUCGUCAGCUCAAGUAACAAAGAAGUAUGAUGUUUUCAUUAGUUUCAGAGGUGAGGACACCCGCAACAACUUUACGAGCUUUUUGUAUGGAGCUUUAUACAAGUCAAAUAUCACUGUUUUCAUUGAUAACGAACUGAAUAGAGGAGAUGAAAUUUCACCAUCUCUUAUGAAUGCAAUUGAAGAAUCAAAUAUUUCGGUUAUCAUUUUCUCAGAAGGCUAUGCCUCUUCAAGUUGGUGUCUCAAAGAACUUGUGAAGAUUCUUGAAUGCAAGAAAACAUACAAUCAAAUAGUUUUACCAGUUUUCUAUCACAUAGAUCCAUCACAUGUGAGGAAUCAAACUGGAACUUUUGGGCAUGGAUUUGCUACCCUUGUAAAACAUUUUAAAGAUAAGGAGCUAACUGAUAGAUGGAGGAAUGCUUUAACAGAAGCAGCCAAUCUAUCUGGCUACACCGCAACUUACUCAACGUCUGAAUGUGAUCUUUUAGAGAAAAUUGUCAGUGAUCUUUGGGAUAUAUUGAAUUACUUGUCCCCAGCUAAUAACAAGGACUUGGUUGGAAUACAACUAAUAAUCAAUUACAUAAUGAGAUUUUUAAUACGCCUCUAUGAUUUGAGAAAUGUUCAUACACUAGGAAUUUGGGGAAUGGGCGGUAUAGGCAAGACAACUGUCGCAGAAGCUAUUUUCAACAAAAUUAGAAUUCAAUUUGAAGCUUCUUACUUUGCUUUAAAUGUUAGGGAGAAAUCAAGGAGUCAAAAUAAAUUAGCUCUUUUGCGAAACGAACUUCUUUCUACAAUAUUACAAGAUCGACAUUCCAAUAUAGAUUUCACCAUCACAAAAAGAAGGCUUGGUUGUAGAAGAGUUCUCCUUGUGUUUGAUGAUGUUACAUGUUUAAGUCAAAUAGAAUUUUUACUUGGAGAUCUUAACAGCUUGGGUCCAGGAAGUCAAGUUAUUAUCACAUCAAGGAAUAAACAAGUUCUUAAAAAUUGUGGAGUGCAUGAACAUAAUAUAUACAAGAUUGGAGGAUUAUUUCAUUGUGAAGCUCUUCGGCUUUUUAGUCGGUAUGCUUUUCGACAAAAUUAUCCAAAAAUAGAUUAUGAUGAGCUGUCAAACAGAGUUGUGAAUUAUGCUAAAGGUGUUCCUCUAGCUUUGAAAGUAUUGGGUUCCUCUUUACUUGACAAGUCAAAAGAAGUAUGGGAAAGUGCAAUAAAUAAGCUAGAAAUAAUUCCACAUGAGGAUAUUCAAAAGGUGCUGAAAAUAAGUUACGAUGGACUAAAUGAUCUUGAGAAAAAUAUAUUUCUAGACAUUGCAUGUUUCCUUAGAUUGGAGAAUAGAGGCUUUGUGAUAGAAUUCCUUAAUGCAUGUGACUUCUACGCAGAAAUCGGAAUAAGUGUUCUCAUUGACAAAUGUCUCGUAGCUAUAUCACAUGACAAUAAGAUAACAACGCAUUAUUUGCUUCAAGAAAUGGGUUGGGAAAUUGUCCGACAAGAAUCUACGAAAGAUCCUGGUGAACGUAGUCGUCUAUGGCAUCAUGAAGAUAUAUGUAGUGUACUCGAAGAAAAUACGGGGACUAAAGCAAUUGAAGCCAUAUGUUUGGACAUGUCUAAAGAAGUAGAUAUCAAACACUUACAACCUUCUGCUUUAGCAAUGAUGCGUAAACUGAGAUUCUUUAAACUACAUAACCCAAACUAUGAAGAAAACUAUAUUAAUAAGGUAUUUGUUUCCGGAGGCCUUAAUUCCGUUUCCUCUGAGUUAAGGUACCUUUGUUGGCAUGGAUGCCCAUUAAAGUCAUUGCAAUCAAAUUUUGGUCUAAAGAACCUUGUUGCUCUUGACAUGCCUCAUAGCAAUAUUGAGCAACUAUGGACUAGUGUUCAGCUUAUUAAGUUGAAACAUAUUGACCUUAGUUACUCCAAGUAUCUAAGACGAAUCUCAGAUCUCUUCUUAACCCCAAAUCUCGAGACUUUGAUUCUUGAAGGUUGUACAAGUUUGUUUGAGAUUUCUUCAUCUCUUCAAUGCCUUGAUAAGCUUGCUAUCUUAAAUCUAAGGUACUGCAGAAGUCUUCAUAGUCUUCCAACUGGUAUUCGUUUAAAAUCUCUGAGAAAAGUCAUGCUUUCUAAAUGCUCAAAUCUCAAGACCUUUCCAGAAAUCUCAUGUGCUAUAGAAGAGUUAUUUUUAGAUGACACUCUAAUAGAAGAGUUUUCAUCAUCAAUACAAAAUCUUUCGAGGUUAGUUAUAUUGGAUCUUAACAAAUGUUUCAUGCUUGAGAGUCUCCCGAGCAAUAUUUGUUUGUUAAAAUCUCUUGAACAUCUAAAUCUCUCGCAAUGUUUGAAACUUGUGGGAUUGCCUGAGAACUUAGGCAAUUUGGAAGCUUUGAAGGUACUUAAAGCAGAAAGUUUUGCAAAAACUGAAGUACCAGCAUCCAUUGUAAAUUUGCACUUUUUGGUGGAACUGAAUCUAACUAACUGUUGUAUCGAGGAGUUACCGGAAAAUCUUGGUCAGUUAUCCGCUCUCGAAGUUCUAAUUAUUGCUAGAAACAAUUUUGAGAGUGUACCAACAAGCAUCAUGGACCUUUCAAAGUUAUUUUAUCUUGACUUAAGCUAUUGCAAGAGGCUUCAAUCCUUACCACAACUUCCCCGUAAUUUACGGAGUAUAGAUGCGCACAGGUGCACAUCAUUGGAAUUAUCAUCGUCUCUAUCAAUUCUAUUCAACAGAGAUAUUUCUCCAAGCGCUAGAGUUAACUUCAGUAAUUGUUUCAAACUGGUGUGUCAAAAUGAAUUCAAUGACACUGUGAAAGAUGCUCUACAGAGAAUUGAUAUUAUGAGAAGGGGAAAUUCCAGGAUGGUUUAUCUUACAGAGUACAAGUUCUUCUAUAACUCUGGAGCUCUCAGAAUAUGCUUCCUCUUGUGA